AUGUCUGGGUUCGAAGUAGCUGGGGUAGUUUUGGGAUCGCUGCCGUUGGUGAUAGUGGCUCUGGAGCACUAUGCUGAGGGCCUUUCAACUAUCAAAAGUAUGCAAAAGUACGAGGAAGCAUUUGAGUGGCUUCAUGCUUCUUUUGUAACCAACGCUUGCAUAUACAGGAACUCAUGCGAAGAGCUUCUGAGUCCAUUGGCACUUUCAGAUGCUCAAGUAUGUCAGCUACUCGAAGAUCAUGACAGCUCAUCAUGGGAGAAUCCCGACCUCAACGAUGCUCUGCGCAAUCGAUUAGGAAGCAACUAUCUACCGUUCAGGUCUUCAGUGAAGCAGUUAAACAAGAAAAUCAACCUCUUCGCGCGGAAGUUGCAGCUAUGCGAGAACUUUCAGCCACCUUGGACUACACCAACGGGAAAUGUUGAUGCAGCAGCACGGAACAAAUUCUUCAACGAUCCUUGGAUACGUAUAAAAGGAGGCCUCAAGACGAAGCACUACAAGCAACUGCUAUCGUCCAUCGAAGAGGACAUCUGCCGCAUUUCCAGCCUCACUGCAGGAGCAAUUGCGCUGGAGCCACUACGACUUCAAAGAAGACGCAAAGCCAACACCGAGUAUCUUCUGAAGUUUCGACAACAGGCAGAGAAGCUAUACGACGCUUUCAACACGCGGUGGGCAACGAGAUGUAAAUGCCAAUGUACACAUCAGGCAAAUUUGCGGCUUGACAUACAGAGAGACGAUGAAACAGGCAGCCCUUCCAGCUUCAAGCUUGUAUUCACCUUCGCAUCACCGCAUGCUAGCCAUGUCAAUUCCUGGAAGCCGAUACCGGUAGAAAUUGAGGCUAUCGAUGUGAUUGACCCGACAACCCCAAGCAACACCUCACUGCUUCCCAGCAUCGUCGUCCAAUCGAACACAAAAAUACACGACCACUGGAAAUGCCUUCAAAAGGCCCCAGAUAUCGUCGAUCUCUGCGCAACACUGCAACACUGCCCAAGCCCACAUUGCAUGGGAGUCAUGAGUAGCAAGCUGGCCAGACACCACAUCCACACUCUCAGACUACCAGACGCUAGCACCACUGACAAACGCGUGAGCCUGCAACAGCUACUUGAGAAGCAAAGUCAGAGCUUCCAGAUCAAGGAAAAGUGUACCCUAGCUCUUACACUCGCCUCCGCUGUCUACCAUCUCUACAACACACCGUGGCUAGAAGAAACUUGGGACCUGAACGACAUCUGCAUGCUGAGCCAAUCCGUACUAUCCGAUCAACCAUACAUAUCCCGAGACUUCCCCGCCGCGGCAGCACCACCGGCCCACAGCCAACGAAUGCGUAUAAUAAAGAACAGCAUCAUCUUCGCUCUCGGCGUCGCAUUGCUAGAGAUCUCGUACGGUAAGUCACUGCAAACCUUUGUGACCAAGGAGGAUCUCGACGACGCAACAGGUAGCCGUACAGCAUUCACCGACUAUCUCAUAGCAAUUAGGUUGGCGGAGGGGCUGCGUACGCGGGAACUGCCGAACUAUGCGGAUGCGACGCAGAGGUGUAUACAUUGCAAUUUCGAGGCCUCGGUGUUUAGUCUCGAUAAUGAUGACUUUAGGGAGAGGUUCUACCAGGGCGUUAUCGUGCCGUUGAGGAAGGAUUAUGAGUACGUUGUUAGCGCCGCCACGAUAUAA